AGAGGUUAGGGCCCUAGGUUGGUGGGGUCAGAAGUAAAAUGGACUCCUAGUCCCGGGCCUGCUGGGGAUGCGGGGCGCCGUGAUUUCUGAUCCCUAAUCUGACUGAUCAUUGUGAUGGAACAAGAGCAAAAACUAUUGGUCUCAGAUUCUAAUGGCUUCACAAAGGAGAGUUUGAAAAGCACUAUUACAGGAGAUGAAAGUAAGAAUAAUUUGAAAACUGUUCAGUGCAGUAACUCCAAGGCAGAUAAAGAGAGAGCCUCAAAAUGGUCUAGAAGUGAUGGCCCAGAAAACUGUAAGGAUGAAGGCACAAAAGAAAUACUGUUGACAGGGUCCCAAGGAGGUAAAACUGAAUGUGAUGAUUCCUCUGAGAAUGAUAGCAACUUGGAGAAUCAGGGAAAUUGUACAGAAAAAGAGGAGGAACAACCCAGUCACUGGGGAUGGAGUCCAGGAGAACAUACUGGGCCUGCUGGCCAACAGAACCCAUCCUUUGGGGACAAACCCUACAAAUGUUCUGAAUGUUGGAAAAGCUUCAGUAAUAGUUCUCAUCUUCGAACUCACCAGAGGACCCACUCAGGAGAAAAACCUUACAGAUGUUCUGAGUGUGAGAAGUGCUUCAGUAACAGCUCUCACUUGAUUCAGCACCUGAGAAUACACACAGGCGAGAAGCCCUACCAAUGUGGUGAAUGUGGGAAAAGCUUCAGCAACACUUCCCAUCUUAUUAUCCAUGAAAGAACUCACACGGGAGAGAAACCCUAUAAAUGUCCUGAGUGUGUGAAGAGUUUCAGCAGCAGCUCUCACCUUAUUCAGCAUCACCGAUCACAUACAGGUGAAAAACCAUAUGAAUGUCCGGUUUGUGGGAAAUGCUUCAGCCAUAGUUAUGUGCUUGUAGAACAUCAGAGGACCCACACUGGAGAAAAACCUUAUAAGUGCCCCGACUGUGGGAAGAGUUUUAGUCAGAGCUCUAGUCUGAUUCGUCACCAGCGGACACACACUGGUGAGAAGCCCUAUAAAUGUCCUGAAUGUGGAAAAAGCUUUGGUUGUAAUUCUACUCUAAUCAAGCAUCAGAGAAUACAUACAGGAGAAAAACCCUAUCAGUGUAUAGAAUGUGGGAAGAAUUUCACUCGAAGUUCAAACCUGGUUACACAUCAGAAAAUGCACACAGAUGACAAAACCUAUCAAAGUUCUGAAUAUGAAGAAAGUUUGAGUCAGAACUAUAGCCUAAUAGAAGAAUGCAGAAUCCAGCCAGGAGAGAAGCCAUAUAAAUGUUAUGAAUGUGGAAAGAGUUUUGGCCUCAGCUCUCAUCUCAUAAGACAUCAGAGAACACAUACAGGAGAAAAACCUUACAGAUGUUCUGAGUGUUGGAAAACUUUUAGUCAGAGUUCCACCCUGGUGAUUCACCAAAGGACACACACGGGAGAGAAACCUUAUAAAUGUCCUGACUGUGGUGAGUGCUUCAGUCAGAGCUUUAACCUUAUCAGGCACCGGAGGACCCACAUGGGAGAAAAACCUUACAAAUGUACUGACUGUGAGAAAUGCUUCAGCCGAAGUGCCUACCUCAGUCAGCAUCGGAAAAUUCAUGUAGGAAAAUCUUUUGAGUCUCCUAAAAUGGAAGAUUUUCCUCAUGAAUGGACUUGGAAAAACUAUUCUGGGGAAAUGGCACUCAUCCCUUCAUUUACGAUCCCAAGUUCAUCUCCCUCCUGA